GGGCGGAGGCCGGCGGCAGGUGCGCGGCGUGGACUACAAGUCCCAGCAUGCCCGGCCGCCCUGACCCGGCCCCCGCCGCCGCUUAAAGGCUCCGGGAGCCGCAGCCGUCGGGUCGCCGGGGCUUUCGCUUUGCCGCCGCUGCUGGGAGGGUGGAAGCGGCAGACGAAGCGGCAGACGAAGCGGCCGGCUCUGUCGGCGUCCCGGCUCGGGCAGCGCCGAGGGGCGCUCCUGGUCCAGCUCUCCUGGCUCGGGGGUUCCUUGCCGAGGCGCCCGCGCCCCGGUCUCCCCGCCUCGGCCGCCGCGGCCCCGAUGCCGAAGCAUGGAUAGAGCUGCGCUGCGCGCGGCGGCGAUGGGAGAGAAGAAGGAGGGCGGUGGCGGGGGGGAUGCGGCGGCCGCGGAGGGAGGCGCAGGGGCCGCGGCCAGCCGGGCGCUGCAGCAGUGCGGGCAGCUACAGAAGCUCAUCGACAUCUCCAUCGGCAGCCUGCGCGGGCUGCGCACCAAGUGCGCUGUGUCCAACGACCUCACCCAGCAGGAGAUACGGACCCUGGAGGCGAAGCUGGUCCGUUACAUUUGUAAGCAGAGGCAGUGCAAGCUGAGCGUGGCUCCCGGUGAGAGGACCCCAGAGCUCAACAGUUACCCCCGCUUCAGCGACUGGCUGUACACUUUCAACGUGAGGCCGGAGGUGGUGCAGGAGAUCCCCUGCGACCUCACGCUGGAUGCCCUGCUGGAGAUGAACGAGGCCAAGGUGAAGGAGACGCUGCGGCGCUGCGGGGCCAGCGGGGAUGAGUGUGGCCGUCUGCAGUAUGCCCUCACCUGCCUGCGAAAGGUGACAGGCCUGGGAGGGGAACACAAGGAGGACUCCAGUUGGAGUUCGUUGGAUGCGCGGCGGGAAAGUGGCUCAGGGCCUUCCACAGAUACCCUCUCACCAGCCAGCCUGCCCUGGCCCCCAGGGAGCUCCCAGCUGGGCAGAGCAGGCAACAGCGCCCAGGGCCCACGCUCCAUCUCCGUGUCAGCUCUGCCCGCCUCAGACUCCCCCACCCCCAGCUUCAGUGAGGGCCUCUCGGACACCUGUAUUCCCCUGCACGCCAGCGGCCGGCUGACCCCCCGUGCCCUGCACAGCUUCAUCACCCCGCCUACCACACCCCAGCUGCGACGGCACACCAAGCUGAAGCCACCACGGACGCCCCCCCCACCCAGCCGCAAGGUCUUCCAGCUGCUGCCCAGCUUCCCCACGCUCACCCGGAGCAAGUCCCACGAGUCUCAGCUGGGGAACCGCAUUGACGACGUCUCCUCGAUGAGAUCUCUCACAUGGAUCCCCACAGAUGGUACGGAGGGAUAUCGGGCUGUCGGUGACGCACAGGACACAGGUCCCGGGAGAAAUAGAGUCAGGGUCAUGGGAAGGAGUCGCAGGAGCUUCCCCUGCAUCCAGUGCGAUGUCACGUUCUCCACCAAGUCCUGGCUGUCGCAGGUCUGUCACGUGUGCCAGAAGAGCAUGAUAUUUGGAGUGAAGUGCAAGCAUUGCAGGUUGAAGUGUCACAACAAAUGUACCAAAGAAGCCCCUGCCUGUAGAAUAUCCUUCCUGCCACUAACUCGACUUCGGAGGACAGAAUCUGUCCCCUCGGACAUCAACAACCCGGUGGACAGAGCAGCCGAACCCCAUUUUGGAACUCUCCCCAAAGCACUGACAAAGAAGGAGCACCCUCCGGCCAUGAAUCACCUGGACUCCAGCAGCAACCCUUCCUCCACCACCUCCUCCACACCCUCCUCGCCGGCGCCUUUCCCGACAUCAUCCAACCCAUCCAGCGCCACCACGCCCCCCAACCCCUCACCUGGCCAGCGGGACAGCAGGUUCAACUUCCCAGCUGCCUACUUCAUUCAUCAUAGACAGCAGUUUAUCUUUCCAGACAUUUCGGCCUUUGCACAGGCAGCCCCGCUCCCUGAAGCUGCCAACGGUACCCGGCUCGAUGACCAGCCGAAAGCAGAUGUGUUGGAGGCUCAUGAAGCGGAGGCUGAGGAGCCAGAGGCUGGCAAGUCAGAGGCAGAAGAUGACGAGGAUGAGGUGGACGACUUGCCAAGCUCUCGCCGGCCCUGGCGGGGCCCCAUCUCUCGCAAGGCCAGCCAGACCAGCGUGUACCUGCAGGAGUGGGACAUCCCCUUCGAGCAGGUAGAGCUGGGCGAGCCCAUCGGGCAGGGCCGCUGGGGCCGGGUGCACCGCGGCCGCUGGCAUGGCGAGGUGGCCAUUCGCCUGCUGGAGAUGGACGGCCACAACCAGGACCACCUGAAGCUCUUCAAGAAAGAGGUGAUGAACUACCGGCAGACACGGCAUGAGAACGUGGUGCUCUUCAUGGGGGCCUGCAUGAACCCGCCCCACCUGGCCAUUAUCACCAGCUUCUGCAAGGGGCGGACGUUGCACUCGUUUGUGAGGGACCCCAAGACGUCUCUGGACAUCAACAAGACGAGGCAAAUCGCUCAGGAGAUCAUCAAGGGCAUGGGAUAUCUUCAUGCCAAGGGCAUCGUACACAAAGAUCUCAAAUCUAAGAACGUCUUCUAUGACAACGGCAAGGUGGUCAUCACAGACUUCGGGCUGUUUGGGAUCUCAGGCGUGGUCCGAGAGGGACGGCGUGAGAACCAGCUUAAGCUGUCCCACGACUGGCUGUGCUAUCUGGCCCCUGAGAUUGUACGCGAGAUGACCCCUGGGAAGGACGAGGAUCAGCUGCCAUUCUCCAAAGCUGCUGAUGUCUAUGCAUUUGGGACUGUUUGGUAUGAGCUGCAAGCAAGAGACUGGCCCUUGAAGAACCAGGCUGCAGAGGCAUCCAUCUGGCAGAUUGGAAGCGGGGAAGGAAUGAAGCGUGUCCUGACUUCUGCCAGCUUGGGGAAGGAAGUCAGUGAGAUCCUGUCGGCCUGCUGGGCUUUCGACCUGCAGGAGAGACCCAGCUUCAGCCUGCUGAUGGACAUGCUGGAGAAACUUCCCAAGCUGAACCGGCGGCUCUCCCACCCUGGACACUUCUGGAAGUCAGCUGAGUUGUAGGCCUGGCUGCCUUGCAUGCACCAGGGGCUUUCUUCCUCCUAAUCAACAACUCAGCACCGUGACUUCUGCUAAAAUGCAAAAUGAGAUGCGGGCACUAACCCAGGGGAUGCCACCUCUGCUGCUCCAGUCGUCUCUCUUGAGGCUACUUCUUUUGCUUUGUUUUAAAAACUGGCCCUCUGCCCUAUCCAUGUGGCCUGCAUAUGCCCGAGUAACUGCUCUCAGAGGAUCCCACUAACUGAGCUCCCUCCAAGGCGGUCUGGGCAGCUUCUAACUACCUUCCUGGACGUGACUGAUUGCUCCCGUGUUCUUCUGAGGGCUGGUCUUGUUUUUGUUUGGGUGGCUCUGUCUCACUGCUAACACCUUAGUGAGAUGCCUUCCACCCUCCUGAGCACACCAGCCUCCCACUGGGUGUGUGCCUAGUGCGGGGCAGGCGGAGGUUGGGAGGAUGUUGGCUUGGCUUUUAACCUGUGGGGAUUUUGUCCAACAAGGAGUGGAAUGAUUUCAGAGCUGCCCUGAGGCUGGCACCCUGGUCACAGGAACCCUCUGCGCUGGCUCCUGUCUCUCAGUCCCCUCUGUAGAGUUAGGUCAGAAGAUACAGAAAGUUCUGUAGCCAUGAAAGAUACCAGCUUGGAAGGGUUGUGUCUUCAGUGGCACCCUCAGAAAAAUUGUCUUGAAGCAAAGAGGUACCUGGCUCCAGACAAUUUUUCUGAUGAAAACAAAGUCUCUGCCCCGUCCCCACCCUGCCACCCUGGCAAAGUUACUUCCUUUACAGCUGCCCAGUGUGCCAUAGACCAGACCCCAGGUCAGCAUUUGUCAAGAGCAUGGCUGCUGGGUCCCCUGCGGCAGUUGCUGCACUGUUUACUAAAUGCAGGUUUCUGUUCUCCCUCCCCAGCAAGACCUGCUGAACCCAGAUCUCUGGAAUGGGGCUCUAGGAAUCUGCAUUUCAACCUGCUUCCCAGGUUGCCCUGAUGCACCCAAGUGUUAGAGUUUAUUGCUAAAAGGAACAUGCCCUGUCACUCCUGGUAUCCUGGGGGUCAUGUUUCUCUUCUCUCUCAGUUCUACUUGGAACAAGAGCUUUCCUGGGCUGCAAAUGAGAAAACAAUUCCGAGGAGUCCACAGCAGUACUGAGCAUGCUGGGAGCUUGGGACUUGGAGAUGAAUGAGCCACUGUUGCUGCUCCAAGUAGAACUACUUGGAGUGUAGCUGAGGCCUUGGAUGCAGUAUGACCAGGGGCAGCUCUGCCAGGGCUGUUGGCCAAUCAAUCAUUUUCAUUUCUUGUUGGAGGCCAGGUCCUCUGCUGAGCUCAUUUCCGAGCUAGUGUUACCCUAAUUCUGAUGAAGACCAACGGGGCUAUAAUUCUUGUUUUUGUUCCUCUUUGCAGCAUUAACAGCAGCAAAGUUGUACCCCGGUUUGAAAGGUUUGGCUUGGGCGUCCUGGAGUCCAGUAAUCCAAAGAUGUAGCCAGCCAUGUGGUUUUUCGCUGCUGAUCUCUUUCUUUUUAAAAUGUGUUUCUGAAACAUCCAAACAACCACCACGACAAAAAAACACUGCCUGCCCAGCGCUGCAAACCAGGAGCAUGCGUCCUAGAUUCAGACUGUUCGCCAUAAACCCCACUCGGGAGAUGGAGCUGCACCUGCUAUUUCUUAAAAUGACACCACCAACAACCAAACCUGUCAUGACAGACAGCAAAUGUUUACACGUAUAUUUCUCCUGAGUGAACCUGAUGUUUUACAAUAGGUAAUAAUAAAAACAGUCCGUGCAUAGAUGCACUGGCACUGACGGCCAGGAUGGCGGAAAUGGCCGUCCCCUCUGAGGACCUUGUAGGCAAUGAGGGACCCAUGCUGGGCCAGAAGGAAGACAAACAUGGUGAUUGCAGCUGUUCUUGGGGUAGGGCGGGGAGCCCAGAAGGUCUGACCUGGCCUCUGCUUUUUGGCCCAAGACCCCAUCAGGGGAAUCUCUCUAGGGCUCUCCCCUUGUCCUUUCAAAGGGAUACUGCCCCUUCCUCGUCUUGCAGAGGAAACCCUGGCUAGGAACUGAGCUAGUUUAUGGAGUCUGGAGCUCCUGGAGAGCUUGGGUUCACCUUCUCACCCCUGUAAUCCAGGCUGCUCCUGCUGGAAAAGUAGAAACAGAAUCCAAAAAAGGUCUGGACUCACCCGGUGGUUCCCAGCCAGGGUUUCUGCUGCAAGGUGAGGAAACAUCCAUGGCUUGUACAGAUGUGAGUCUUUGAUGAAGCCCCCAGGCAGGCACCAAGGUGAUGGGACUCAGGGCCUUGGCUUUUAGAUACAUCCCAGUCCCUGACUGACAUCUGACCAUGAGGGCUGGAUGAGUGGGAACAAGGAGGAUGGAGGAAGGAGGAGGAGUAGAUGGCAAAGGUACCUGAGCCCCCUUCCCAGCCACAGGGUGAUGCUGGCAUUGUAAAAACCCUUUCUCAGUCGUGCCAGAAGGUUCUAGAACUGCCCACCUCUUCCAUUUCAGUCCUGCUGAAACCCUUUAGCCCAUUUCCAACUCCUCUGUCCAUGCUCUGAGCUCAGCUGGGUGGUGUGUGGCCUAUCACCCCUUUCAUUUAGACCUACCUAGCUGGCCCCCAUCUGCAGAACCUUCCUUAGCACCAUUAGGCCUUCUACUUGUGUCCAUUUGAAGCAGGAGGGGCUGGAUUUGGAAAAGUCUUUGACGUGAGAGCAUCACGCUUGUCUUCGUUAGAAACUCUCACCUGCAGAGAAAAGUUCCAGAUGGCAAGGGAGCCCUUAAGUGGAGAUUAGGUUGCGUUAGACUCCAAAACCAGAAAGGAAAAAGGGUGAUGGGAGUGGAGACGUGAUUGGAUUCAGGCCCAGAACCUGUGACCAUGCUCUGAGCUCAGACUUGGGGAGGGAGGGGUGUGGCUACCACCCCUUCCAGUUAAGACCUGCCUAGCAGAGCCCCAGUCUCCAGCCCCUUCCCUAGCACCAGAGUCUGGUCAAAAUGCUGCAGAAAAUGAGCUGCUCUGCCAGCAAGCUGUGGAGCUGCCUCCUCUCCAGGCCUGGCAUCCCUUGGUCAGCCCCUCCUUGGAGGGCACAGCCGUAUUACAGUGCCAGUGUGCCUGGCCAUCAGCAUCUUCACCCUUCCCAGUCCAUGUGGGGAGGCUGUAAACCACGUGGAUUCAGCUCUGUGUGGAGUUUCUGUGCUAUGGUGGGACUGCUCAUUUUGCCCCAUCAUCCCUUUGGCCUCCCACACACCUGCCCCUUCCCAGGGAUCACGUGUGUCUCCAGCCUUUCAUCUUUCUAUUGCAGCGGUGGCCUUUGUCCAGGCAAGAGCAGGCCCGAUGGAUGUACUGGUGAGCCCCAUGGUUGGACUCAGCCGUCCAACUGGGAGGAAUAGUAGGCUCAGUUCCUCCCCGACCCCUGACACCAGGCCGCAGUGGGCAUGCACAGGCCCACAGAAAGUCAGUAUGGGUUUUGCUUUUUCUCGUGAGCAUCACAGUUAAAGAAGCGCUCAUUGAGCAACUAGAGUGCACUUGGUCUUCUGCAAGUCCUGGGCACCUAGAGAUAGGAACAGUCACGGUCCCUGCUCUUAAGGAACUGAUGACCUGGUGGGGCCCUGUUAUCUUCAAGGAACCCAGAAGCCACUGGGCCCCAAAGGUGGAACUGAAGGACUGGGGGCAGCUGGCUCUCAGCCUGCCACCUCUGCACUGCCUGUCUUUAAAGAAUCCCACCCCACCCCAUUAUGGUCCCCUCUGUUCCCCUUGUAUUUCAGUGACUGUGAAUUGAGGUUAGGAAGGCACACCUGCCCUUCUGUGUGCUCUCUCCACACGAAGGACGACAGAUACUGUGAAUUCAGCCCUCACGGCCAACUGUGAAGGGGAUGGAGAAGGCUGGGAGGGCUCGGGGAGAGCUCUUAGGGGCUACGGAAGUCCCCACUGGGGUCUGAGAGUGGAACCCAAGCUUUGGCCCUCCAGGCAUCCCCAGUUUCCAGCCUCACCUCUGAAGCCCUGCUGCCUUUAACCACCAGAGCCGCAGCCCCCUGGGUUUCUGUCUAACUCGAAGUCUUGAAUCCUAGCUAGUUUGGGGUUGUGAGCAGUGUGUAGCAAAGCUGAUCUCUCCAUGUUGCCAAAUCAAAACACCCUCUGUCAUCCUACGUUAUUUCCUCUUGAGGUCACAGAGAGGAAUGGCAAGCCCUGGAAACCUGUGUUAUUCUCUGUUGAUUUGGUGUAGGCGGAGGGUGGAGACGUAAAUGUGAAGCCAGUUGGAGUUUGUGCUAUGCAGCAGUGUUAGCCAGGAUCUCAUCAGCGUGCAAACCUAGCAUCUUCUGUGGCCACAAGCCACACACUUGCUUUUUUUGAAUGUGAUGUAAAAUUUGUACAGUAAAGUUUUUAUAUUUUCUAUCAACUACAUUUGUCUUCCAGACAUGCUAUUAAUUUAAAUUAAAAUGGUUAGUAUUAACAAACAUGUUGUAUCGGGUUUUUUUGCCACUGGCAAGAACAUGCCCUCUGUGCUAAGCCAGGCCUGGGUGUCUGGAGUUUGUGAAUAAAGUUAUACCAAGGUG